AUGGCACCGGAUACACAGCCCAUAAUUUGUCUGGAUGUGGCUGUCGACCACCGGAUCAGACGGCUCUUUAAGCCUGUCUUCAAUGACCUGACAGAGCGUUCCAAUCACGUUUUCCGUAUGAAGGCACGAGGGUUGUCACUGAAUCGACCGCACAUCGAGAUCCAAGUUACUACGGAGCUAGCAGGCCCAGCGGUUAAGGGCGGCAUAGCCGUCGCACUCCAGCAGCCCCGGCAUAACCACCCAUUUGAGGAGGGCCUUAAUGCUGUCAUUCAGGAUUGCGAAACCCUUUCUGCUCUUGAUGACGUAUUUUCCGCUGUAUCCUGCAGGUCCCUUAGUAUCCGGACCAAUAUCGCUGUCGUCGACUUACUGCCCUACAUACCUGAGGACAUCGAAAGUAUUGACGAUACAACAUUGGAGGAGUCCUUCCGUACGUCGAAGCACAUUAUGCUUGACAAAGAGCCCUCUGUCUUGCUCUGCGCAGGUAGAAUAUGGCUACCGGAUGCCGGCAAAAACUACAAGCUGAAGGGGGAUGCCCGUAGGCUCGAGAGCCUCGGUGUUGGGCAGAAAUUUGGUCUCAAAUACCCCGUCACUACAAGGAUCCGCCGUGAGGAGGGGAGGGGGUUUGUCACCAUCAAUAGGGUGAAUGGUUUCCACCCCAGCCAUGCGAUGAAUCAUCAUCCAAAUGUCAGUCGUUUGAGGCAACUUCAGAUUUUGAUUGGCGCUGAAACUUGUGGGAUAUUGAGAGGAGACUGGGAAGAGAAAGACUGGAUGGGUGAAUUGAGGCAUCGUUGCCAGAAUGUUUCCGGAGCACUAUCAGAUUCGCCGAUCGAAUCUCCUCGACCGCAGAGCCCGGGUGAAAGCUUGGCCACACGCAACGAUGCUAAGUAUUUGCCCUACUACCAAGAGCUCUACUCCGACAAAUUGAUCAGCAUACGUACAUGUGUCCAGUCUCUUAUUUCAGAACAAAUACCGGCAAUGAAGUCAUCCACAGCGCUCUACAAACCCCUGCUCAGCAGCUGUCUAAGCGAAUUUUGCAACGAUGCGACCCUUAUCUUGCGCGAAAUGGUUCGUCUCCAGCACAAAGGCUGGCCCGACUUCGUAGCAAGGAAGAACAAUGCCGCCGUAAAGAAAGCCUCAAGUGAUACGGUUCGACUCACCAAUGAUCUGCUUAAAGCCACUAAGCCUGGCAAAGACACGCAGUUCGCGGAGAUCAUUCAAGAAGGAGCAAGCGUUCUCGUUGAGUGUGUAUCGAGUGGGAGUCGCAGGCGACUUGAGCCUGAGCUGGACUUCGAUAAGGCUGGGGAUGCAUUCCUAGAGAUGGCUACGAGUAUCGAGACUCUACUCAUGGAUCUGCUACUGGAAGAGGAGGAGGUGCUCCACGCGUUAGGACAGGAAGAGACAUUAUCUAGUAAGAUGGAUAGGAUGACAUUGACAUCAGCGGUGAUUUGA